AUGAGGCUGGUUCUGCUGCUCUGGGUGUCCGCAACUCUGGCCGAGGUCCUAGUUCAACCUGACUUCGAUGCCAAAAAGUUCUCGGGCCUCUGGUAUGUUGUCUCCAUGGUGUCUGACUGCAAGGUGUUCUUGGGCAAGAAGGAUCAUCUGCUGAUGUCCACCAAGGACAUCAAUGCCACCAAGGGGGGCUGUCUCAACGUCCACAUGGAAUUCCCACGGGCUGACGGCUGUGCCCAGGUGGAUGCCACGUUCCUGAAGAUGGGCUCCGAGGGCCACUUCAGAGUUCCAGCCUUGGGCUACCUGGAUGUGCGUGUGGCGGACACGGACUAUGGCUCCUUUGCGGUGGUCUACAUCUACAAGGAGCUGGAGGGGGCUCUCAGCACCAUGGUGCAGCUCUACAGUCGGACUCAGGAUGCCAGCCCCCAGGCUCUGAAGGCCUUCCAGGACUUCUACCCCACAGUGGGGCUCCAGGAUGACAUGAUGGUCAUGCUGCCCAAGUGCAAGGAGAGGGCUGGGUCCCGGGAACCUGGGGCUCUGAUGCAGGAGGGGUUUGGGGAGGCCUCCUCAGACCAGGUGCCAGAAAAUGGCCACACCUUGCUCAAGCUCCUGAAGGAUUGGGCACCCACCUAA